AUGGCUUCUGCUCGUCUCUCUGAUAAAGAACUUUUCGAACUUAACGCAAAAGCCGUCACCCAGGGCUUCAACAUUGCCCCCCGUCUCGAUUACAACACUGUCGGUGGUGUCAACGGUCCCCUCGUUAUUCUCGAAAAUGUCAAAUUCCCCCGUUUCAAUGAAAUUGUCAACCUGACGCUCCCUGACGGCUCCACUCGUGCUGGUCAAGUCCUUGAAGUCCGUGGUGACCGUGCCAUUGUCCAAGUCUUUGAGGGUACUUCCGGUAUCGAUGUCAAGAAGACCCACGUCGAGUUCACUGGCCAGAACCUUAAAAUCCCCGUCUCUGAAGACGUUUUGGGCCGUAUCUUUGACGGUUCUGGUAGACCCAUUGACAAUGGUCCCAAGGUCCUUGCCGAAGAUUACCUCGACAUUAACGGUUCUCCCAUCAACCCUUACUCCCGUAUUUAUCCCGAGGAAAUGAUUUCCACCGGUAUCUCCGCCAUUGAUACCAUGAACUCCAUUGCCCGUGGCCAAAAAAUUCCCAUUUUCUCUGCCUCUGGUCUCCCACACAAUGAAAUUGCCGCCCAGAUUUGUCGUCAGGCCGGCCUUGUCCGUCCCACCAAGGACGUCCACGAUGGCCACGAGGAAAACUUCUCCAUCGUUUUCGCCGCCAUGGGUGUCAAUCUUGAAACCUCCCGCUUUUUCAAGCAGGAUUUCGAGGAGAAUGGCUCCCUUGAACGUGUCUCUCUUUUCCUUAACUUGGCCAAUGACCCUACCAUUGAACGUAUCAUUACUCCUCGUCUCGCUCUUACCACCGCUGAGUACCUUGCUUACCAGACUGAACGCCACGUCCUCACCAUCUUGACCGAUAUGACCUCGUACGCUGAUGCUCUUCGUGAGGUUUCUGCUGCCCGUGAAGAAGUCCCAGGUCGCCGUGGUUACCCCGGUUACAUGUACACGGAUUUGUCCACCAUUUACGAGCGUGCUGGUCGUGUUGAGGGCCGUAAUGGUUCCAUUACCCAGAUUCCUAUUCUGACCAUGCCUAACGAUGAUAUUACCCAUCCUAUUCCCGAUUUGACUGGUUACAUUACCGAGGGUCAGAUCUUUGUUGACCGUCCAUUACACAACCGUGGUAUCUACCCCCCAAUUAACGUCUUGCCCUCUCUCUCUCGUCUCAUGAAAUCUGCCAUUGGUGAGGGUAUGACUCGUAAGGACCACGGUGAUGUGUCUAACCAGCUUUACGCCAAAUACGCUAUUGGUCGUGAUGCUGCUGCCAUGAAGGCUGUCGUUGGUGAGGAAGCUCUUUCCAAUGAAGAUAAGCUUUCUCUCGAGUUUUUGGAGAAGUUUGAAAACACCUUCAUUGCCCAGGGCGCCUACGAAGACAGAACUAUCUUUGAGUCCCUUGACCAGGCUUGGUCGCUUCUCCGCAUUUACCCCAAGGAGUACCUCAACCGUAUUUCCCCCAAGAUUCUUGAGGAGUUUUACGAGCGUGAGCGAUCGACCAAGGAUACCGUUGACGGCACCCCUGAAGAGAAUUUGAUUGACGCUUAA